AGUACGCGGUCACACUGUAUUGUCUUGUCUGCAAUUUGCGAAUAAAUGCCGAAAUUUGGUUAAACAAUUGGACAGUCAAAGUGCUGAAAGAAGGCGUUUGCCCGCGUCGGAAUAGUUACGUAAAGCUUUAUCCUGUCUGGAUCUGAAGAUUCUGAUUUUUUUCGCACACGAUAACUCGUACUGAAGCUGAGCGAAAUUCAGCCGGCAGACGCAGACGCUUUUUUUCUUGCACAUUGCAAACGUGAGCAGCAGCAGUAGCAGCAGCAGCAGGAGGUAAAGUCAUGUCCAAUUCAGAAAUCUACGACCCCUCUAUUUCGGAGCUGAGCAGCGACGAAUACAGCACCGAGGAAGACGACGACGCUCUGAUGGAUGCCGCCGUCAGUAAGCAACCUCCUACACCCAAGGAGACCAAACCGAGUUCCUCCGAGGCCGAAAAGGCACCGACAAAGCAGCUCCCAGUCACCGUUGAGCUGCCGCCAAAUGACAAGAGAACCAAACCGCCGGUCACUCGCGAGGAAACCCUCCGUCAAAUCAAGCAAAUUCGUGCUUGGAAACAGAGAAUUAUAUACUAUAAGCGCCGCAGCAUUCGAUGGCUCCGUCGGCUCAAACAGUUCCCUGACAGCAAGCUGGAAGCUUUGAAGCGAGCCGUACCCAUGUAUAGGGCCCAUUAUAAACGCCUGGACCUAUACAGGAUCGAGAAGGCGGCCUAUCUACAGAAGCAGAGGCAGGCGCGUCAGGCUCGCCAGAGCUCCAGCGACAGCAGCCGCAGUCGUAGUUACAGUCGCAGCCGCAGCAAUAGUCGCUCGCGCUCUCGUUCUCGUUCACGCAGCGAGAGUCGCAGUCGCAGUGAGAAUAACUCGCCGGAGCUCAUCUGCCUGGAUGACACCGAAAACGAGGAUUCGCCGGAGAAGGCGGAGCCGGCACAGACAGCCAGACAGAUGACGCCCGUGAAGGAGGACAAUAAGAAGUCGAUGCCGUUGCGGCAGGUGGACUUUGAAAAGAAUCCGCUUCCACUAACACCCGGGUCUGUUCUAGACGAGUUUCUCACGAUGAAGCCGCCAAUAGAUCAAAUGCUGCAACAGCAAGUCGUCAAAGAGAUGGAUGCCUACGACCUGGCCCAGUUUUCAGCUACCAUGAAACAAUUGACGGAGAAUAAUCAGCCGAAGGAGGAAGCGCUUACUGCGGGGCCCACAGAACCCCUGAAGCGCCGUCGUUCGGUGACGCCGCCACCGCUGGCCAGCACCCAGGACAAGCGGCCAAAGCAGAUGACCGAUCCUGAUGACGACGAUGACCGUAUAGAGUUCAUACCAGUCGUGCAGCCCCCACCAGAGCCACCCAUUCGAGCUCUAGUUACACAGCAGCAAUAUCUCCAGCCACAGAUGCAGAUGCAGCGGCCACAGCAUCCACCGGUUCAGGAAAAGCUACAGCAGCAGCAGCAACCCUUAAUUGACAAGCCACAGCAGCAGCAGCAUCUCCAGCCACAGAUCCAUUCGCAGAUGCCUAUGCAGAUCCAAUCUCAGAUGCAGAUGCCGAGGCAACAGCCAAUGUUGAUGAAACGCAAGCCACAACAGCCGCAGCAACAUCAGCCCCAGCAACAUCAGCCGCAGCAGCAUCAGCCCCAGCAACAUCAGCCGCAACUACAGCAGCAGCAGCAGCAGCCAUUGCAGCAGAAACCGCAGCAGGAAUCCAGGAUGCCAGGAUUCAAACUAAGCACGCCCUACUCUCUGGCACCAGGGGCAGGAGUCGGAUCAGGAGCCAUCCAACAGGCAGUUAACCUGACGGCCAUGGCAUACAGCCUAAACACGCCCAGUCCCCCGGCCGUGCCCAUGGAGAUUUCCUAUCCCACCGCGAAGCUGCCACAGACUGCUGCCAAUCCGGUGAACCUCCAGAUGCCAACGCAGGCCCAGCAGCCACGGCCACCGCCACCGCCACUAGCCAGUCCUCAGACCCAGACCCAGUCUCAGCCUCUGCCCCAGACGCAGACGCAGACAUUCGCUGUACCGCAGCAGCCAAAGCCACGCCGCUCAGAGACCGUCUCCACACAGACAACGCAAGCAGCUCAAGCCACUCAAGCAGCAAAAACCACUCAAGCCACACAGCCGGCGACUCAGAAUCAGCAACAGAAUCCACCGACUGCUCAGAAUCCUCCGCUCGCACGACCCAAAGCUCCACCCGUUGAUCUCGGAAACACUGAUGCCAAUUUCCAUUACCAUCUCCGGUCGCUCUACGAGGAGAUGGACACGCAGCUGAAGUCGAAGAUAUCGCAGGUCAAGCCGGAGCUGAAGGCUCUGGCCAAGGAGAGGGAGCGCGUUGAGUUUGAGAUCAAGAAUCUGGACAGACAGAUCAAAAGGAACGAGGACGAGUGCAAUCGUCUGCACUAUCUGCGCUGCGUUCAGACCGAGCUGCGAGACCGUCUGCAGGUGAAGGAGCGUGUGGCCGUCAUCCAGAAACUGGUCCCCAGCUUGAUUGGCCAGGAUUGCAGCUACUCGCUGCUGCGUGAAAUGCAGUCGAUGCUGGGGGAGUCACCGGACCCAGACGUUGCCGCAGAUGUCAUCGAUCGCUGCCUCAGCAAGAUGGAGCGGAAUAAGGGCAACAUAGAACUGCUUCGCACAACCAUGGGUGUGAAUGCACCAGAGAGCCAACCGACUGCUUCUUCCACUCUCCCCCAAGCGUCGCGACAGUUUGAGGAGCCUUCGCAGCAGCGCAGUCGUAACUCCUUGCCGGCUAUGCGUCCGCGUCGAGGAUCCAUCCAUGAUAUCAAUGAUUUUUACGAUCCGAGGCGCCAGCUAUUCGAGGACAGACCGGCCCCAUCGUCAAGUGUGGAGUGCUUGGGCGGAAGGCAGUCACAGGCCCAGGUGCCGGGACUGGGCCAGCAUUCACAGCGGCUGAACAGGUCGCCUAGCGCGGAGUUUUUUGCCGUGAGGCAGGGACAUGGACAGGUCCAGGCACCGCCACACCAUCGCAGCCAGAGCUCGCUGCAGGGCCAGUCCGGGAUUGAGACCCCAAUGAAGCCGCUGUACAACAGCAGUCCCUUGGCCAGCCUAGGCCCACCUACCCACAGAAAUCACGACGAAAUGCAUUCCAACUAUAAUGAGUCCUACUCGUCGGGGGGGCCACUGCAGCCACAGUCCAAGGCCAUAGCUAAGGCUUUGGAAAAUUACAUUAAGAGAUCGCAGACUGGCGUCUCAGGCGGAGAGGGCGCUGCUGCCAUGAUGAAUGGCGAGGGGAGAGUAUUCAUCUGCAUGGAGUGCGGAAAGAAUGAAGGCAAUUUCAUGUGCUCCAACUGCAUGACUCACUGGUACUGCAGUCGUGACUGUCAGCGAUCCGCCUGGGAUGCGCACUCCCCGUUCUGUGGCCAAUGAAUCAGCUAAUCAGCAUUACUAACUGUGCAACUAUAACUAAAAAGAAUAUAACUUUAAUCCAUUACUCAGUCGCGUCAGAUGCAUCGAUUAUCUAAGUUAAAAGACAUACAAGCAGAAAACACAAGUUCAUAUUCAGAGAUUGCAAUGCAUUAAAAAUAAUAAUUUUGUAUUUGUAAUUCGCUCUCCGCACUUCGAUCAAUACAAGACACUUAACCUAUC